GAGAAAAAAGACAUUUACUUCUCGUUUUCGUCGGAAAGGAUAGCUUUAACGUUAAGCGAGACGGUAAACGAGUUGGAAGGCGGGCUAUUUCACCGACCGGCGCUUCUCCUCGCUUUCUGCCAAAGCCGCAAAUAGCAUAGUGAAAAAAGGAUACACAAGAAACACCCAAGAAAGUUGUGGUCUUGCAGAAAGUUGUGGAUCAAUCAGAGGUUGAUUUCGAAGCAUUCCUCCGGUCUACUAAAAGAAGGAUUUUGGAGCUCGAUUCUUGGAUCUUUUCUCGUCGCAGUCUCGUCCAAAUGUCGAGAGCAUUCUGCCAUGGGCUGUUGAUUCUGUCCUCGCUCCCACUUGCUACUGCGGCUGAGAUCGAUCUCCCCCUCUGUGAUUGUGACGGAGACGGUCUGUGGAGCAUCGACAGCAUCCGCAGUUGGCAGAAAGUGAGUGACUUUUUGAUUGCGGCGGCAUAUUUCUCCAUUCCGCUCGAGCUCUUAUACUUCGUUACAUGCUCCAAUCUGUUCCCCUUCAAAUGGAUCCUUUUCCAGUUCAGCGCGUUCAUAGUGCUCUGUGGAUUGACCCACUUGCUCAAUGUGUUCACCUACAAGCCCCACUCCUUCCUCUUGGUGUUGGCUCUCACCGUUUCCAAGUUCCUCACCGCACUCGUCUCCUUCUUGACAGCGAUAACCCUCUUGACUCUGAUUCCUCAGCUCCUCAAAGUGAAGCUGAGGGAGAAUUUUCUGAGACGCAAGGCUCGAGAGCUGGACCGGGAAGUAGGGCUGAUGAAGAGGCAGGAAGAAGCAAGCUGGCACGUGCGGAUGCUGACUCAAGAGAUACGGAAAUCUCUCGACAAGCACACCAUUCUGUACACCACCUUGGUUGAGCUCUCCAAGACACUGCAGCUGCAAAACUGUGCAGUUUGGAUGCCAAAUGAGAACGAGUUGGAGAUGAAUCUUACUCACGAGUUGAAUGGGAGGAGGGCCUCCUCUGACCUCGACACACUCUCGAUCCCCAUGGAUGAUCCGGAUGUGGCACAUGUGAAGAAAUGCGAUGGUGUGGAGAUACUAGACCCGGAAUCCAUGCUUGGUCGUGCAAGCAGCGGGAUGGUUGGCGGCUCAGGAGCUGUUGCUGCAAUCAGGAUGCCGAUGUUGAAAGUUUCGGACUUCAAAGGGGGGACACCAGAGGUCCUUCAAGCAUGCUAUGCCAUACUGGUUUUGGUGCUGCCCAAGAAUGAAACCAGGGCUUGGAGCCACCAUGAGCUAGAGCUCGUUGAGGUCGUAGCCGAUCAGGUGGCCGUCGCCCUCUCCCAUGCUGCCGUUUUGGAAGAGUCACAUAUGAUCAGAGACAAAUUGGUAGAACAAAACAGGGUUUUGCUACAAGCGAGGAAGAAUGUGAUGAUGGCGAACGAGGCAUGGAAUUUAUUCCGAAAGAUCAUGAACCAGGGAAUUCGAAGUCCCAUCCACUCCAUUCUGGGUCUGUUGUCAAUUAUGCAACAGGGAAACUUGACUCCUGAACAGAGGCUUAUAGUGAACACUAUGGCAAAAACAGGCGGUGUGGUUUCAGCUUUGAUCAAUGAUACGUUGGAGAUCAACAGCGAACACUUUACUUUGGAGAUGAAGCCAUUCCAGCUGCAGCCAUUGAUCAAGGAAGCUGCUUGCAUUGCUAGGUGUCUUUGUGACAGUAGGGGGUUUGGUUUUGGGUUUCAGGUCGAGAAUAAGUUUCUUGAUCAAGUUAUCGGUGAUGAGAGGCGGAUUCUUCAUGUACUAUUGCACAUUAUUGGUGGUUUGUUGAACGGAUCCAAUGGAGGAUGUAUGACACUGCGUGUUUGGAGUGAUUCCGAACUCGAGAACUUGCGAGAUCAGAGAUGGGUUUGGAGGUCCAAAUUUUCAAAUGUCAAUAGUUGUGUGAAAUUUGAGAUGGCAAUCAGAAGAUCAUUAUGUUCUAAUUCAAGCUCAUCAGUGCAGCAUGACAGGAAGCAAAAUGGAGAGGGGUUCGAUACGGGUUUUUUCAGCCUCGGUAUGUGUAAAAAGCUUGUGCAGCUGAUGCAGGGGAACAUCUGCAUUAUUCCAAGUUGCCAUGGUCUACCUGAGUGCGUGACACUACUUCUCCGCUUGCCGCUGCAACCUCCCAUGCCGAUUUCUGAUUUAGAAGGACCUUUGGAGCGCCGUCAUCAUUUUUCUUCUUCUUCUUCUUCUUCUCUUUUAGAAGGCCUUCAGGUUUUACUAGUUGAUGAUGAUGGAAUCAACAGAAAGGUAACACACAAGCUUCUCGAAAAGCUGGGGUGUUGCGUCUCUCCUCUUUCGACAGGGGCUGAAUGCUUGAGCUCCAUUGGCACCUCCGGAACGCAGUUCCAACUUGUUGUUUUGGACCUCAACAUGCCCAUGAUGAAUGGCUAUGAAGUUGCCACCAAGGUACGGGACAUGAGAACCGGAUGCCGCCCUUUGAUCGUUGCUUUGACGGCAAGCACCGAGGAACAUGUUUGGGAGAGAUGUGUGAAGUCAGGGAUGAACGGUCUCAUCAGGAAACCGGUGGUGCUACCAGAACUAGAACGAGAGCUCCUAAGAGCACUUACAACUUGAAACGUAGUUUGCGUUGGAAUCAACUAAAUUGAUGGUGUACCUAGGAAGGGAAGUGAGUUGCAUUCUUUGAAAUGCUUCGAUGGCGAUAGCAGGUAAAUUUGAGGUACUCUUUGCAUUUAUCUGACAUUGUUAUUUCCAAUUACUUUGAUAGAGAGCUACCUCAAGCAAGAAUCCAUGUCCAUUGUCUCGGAUGUUCAAUUUAAUUGACACUACUCCUUGAUAGUUUAUGGAUCGAGAUUUUGCAUUAAAAUGAUCUGUACUUGGAAGUUUUAAGAAUCUAAGAAGUGUGUCAUCUGACUUAGCUACAAGACGAGCAAAGCUGAGUAGAGUGUAUGUAGACUACAAGAAGUUAAUAUAUUACUGGACGGUCAGGUCCUGUUUUGGUA